UGAGAGACGGAGAAAGACUGUUGUUAGUUCUCUACUGAAUAACCUAAUUAUUUCUUAAGUACAAAUUACAGAGAAAGAUUCGAAAUAGCAGUUUUGUGUUUUUUGUUAUGUCUUAGUUUGGCAGAGUUGAAAGAUACAUGUGACUAAUACAAUUUGUCAAGGUCUGAAAGUGAAAGUAAAUUUAAUCAGGCGUCAAAUUUAGGAGGAAAUGGCUUCAUCAGAAGAGGACUACUCCUGUCCUGUGUGCUUUGACAUCUACAAGGAUCCUGUCGUUAUGUUGUGUAGUCACAGUGUGUGUAAAGUCUGUCUGCAUCGGUUCUGGGAAACCAAAGGAUCCAGAGAGUGUCCAGUCUGCCGUAGAACAAGCUCAUCGGACCCUCCACUUAACCUGGCUCUAAGGAAUGUGUGUGAGGCUUUCUUACAGGAGAGAAAUCAGAGAGCUUCAGCAGAGUCUGAGGUGCUCUGUAGUCUUCACAGCGAGAAACUCAAGCUCUUCUGUCUGGAGGAUCAACAGCCUGUGUGUGUGGUGUGCCGUGACUCAAAAAAACAUACUGGUCAUAAGUUCCACCCAAUAGAUGAAGCAGCACUUGACAGCAAGGACGAACUGAAGAGUAAACUGCCACCCCUACAGAACAAACUUGAGGCCUUUGAAAAGGCAAAGUUAGACUGUGAUGAAACAGCAAAGCACAUUAAGACUCAGGCCAAGCGCACAGAGAAGCAGAUCAAGCAGGACUUUGAGAAGCUUCACAAGUUUCUACGAGAUGAAGAGGCAGCCAGGAUAGCUGCACUGAGGGAGGAAGAGAAGCAGAAGAGUCAGAUGAUGAAGGAGAAGAUUGAGAAGAUGAACAGAGAGAUCUCAUCUCUUUCAGACACCAUCAGAAGCAUUACAGAGAAGAUGGGAGCUGAUGAUGUCACAUUCCUGCAGAACUACAAGAGCACAGUGGAAAGAGCCCAGUGCACACUGCAGGAUCCAGAAACAAUUCCAGGAGCUCUGAUCGAUGUGGCAAAGCACCUGGGCAACCUGAAGUUCAGAGUCUGGGAGAAGAUGCAGGAUAUUAUUCAAUACACUCCUGUGACUCUGGAUCCCAACACUGCAUACCCACAUCUCAUCCUGUCAAAGGAUCUGGCCAGUGUGAGACUCAGUGAUGAGAGGCAACAGCUUCCUGAUAACCCAGAGAGAUUUGAUGCGUAUCCUUGUGUCCUGGGCUCUGAAGGCUUUAACUCAGGGACUCACAGCUGGGAUGUGGAGGUUGAGGACAGUGAUGCCUGGAUCAUAGGUGUGACUGAGCAUUCCGUCAAGAGAAAGGGAAACGGAUCUCUUAGGCAGGGCUGGUAUAUCCAAUAUGCUAAUGGAAUGUAUAGAACAUAUCCACGCACAUUAGAUACUUUAGAUCCCCUUGAUUCCCUUGAUUUAGACUCUAAGUUUAGAAACCUCAAGAAGAUAAAAGUUGACUUGAAAUGUGACACAAGGGAGGUUUCAUUCUCUAGCGUUCCAGGUGAACUGCUAUGUAGUUUUCAGUACACAGUUGGAAUGACAGUCUUUCCAUACUUUUCCACUUCACACUCUUUGAAGAUCAGCAGUAAAGUGAAGAAGCCUCGGCAGAAAAAGUGUAGCGUGAUGUAGCGUUCUGAUGGCCCAAAACCUCAUAUUACACCAUUUUAUCCUCCAUCAUGACAACCAGUGAUUGUAAGAUAUUCGGGAAGGCCAAUCAUACGAAAGUCUAAAAAUAAUUUUCUGAUGAAGUGAGUGAACUUUCAUCAAGUAGACAAUGGGCCUUCCCAAAACUACUUGCUAUGCCCUCUCCCUAGCCACUUGCACUCUGUUUGCAUGGUCAUGUCGAGGGUCCACCAUAUGCAGGGCCAUCAGAAAUCAAUUACUGUCAAGUGGUAGUGGUAUAAACCCUCCAACAGCGAGUGAACACCGAUGCCCCCUCAUCGAGUGUGUGUGUUAAUAAUUAAUGCGGCAAGUCAUGGACGUCACGUUAGUUCCUCAUGAGUAGGACAUGCCUGUAAACAAAUCCAUGGUCCUGUAAUAACCAGUUUCCACCAGCGUUAUAACCCUACACACUAAUCAAGGGAACUUAAUUUAGCUGUGAGGGAACUUCCCAUCCUUAACUAAGAGGGAGUGGGUGGAUUAGUUUCGGAAAGGCUCAAUGACUAAGAAAGACCUUUAUUUCGGAUUUUUGCAUAGGUGAUUUUAAUUGAAUAGACAUUUUAUAACUAUAACCUCAUCAAACCAAAAUUAUUUUCUUUGAAUGUCUACUGAUCCUGUUAUUUGUUGCAACUGUUAACUCACAUGUUACAUGACAUGUUAAUGUUAAUUCUUGCGGAAUAGUAGCCAAUAUAUUUCAAAAUUUAAAUUUAACUCCAACGCUUCCCAUGUUCUAGCUGGUGACAUGUACUGUAUGUGUGUAGUGCCGUAAAGCAAUUCAUUGCAUCGCGAGGCCGAGGGACUUUCUGGGCAAUGCACAAUGCAAGGCUUAUUCUUAUCUUACACUCAAUUUAUUGUUGAUUUUUUGCCAUGCGCUUUUAUUAAAGUAUUAAAUAAACAAAUUAAUGCAAGCUUUCAUUCAUCACCUCUAUAUGGAAUAUAACCACUUAGCUUAGUGAUCCUACAGUUACCAUAUGCAAAUUCCCUAUUUACUCUUAUUUACACAUGCAUUACACUCAAACUUCAAUAGUUUUCAAUAGGCUAACUUUCAGUUUCAGGUAUCAAAUGUAAUACAACCAACAUCCAAGCAGUAAAUCAUUCUCAAAUGGAAAAAGAUCUGAAACAACUAACACAAGGGGGAUGUUGACAACUAUAAUAUACUAUAUUCUUCUCAGAAAAUGCAAAUAGUUAUCACAUACUGUAGUCUUGAGUGCUUUGACUUGUAAAGCACUUUAUACAUCCAAGUUGGUAUUGUUUUUGUUGCUAUAGGUCUGUUGUUUCCCAAUUUAGACCAAAAGCUCUAAUGCAGGGGAGAGAGUAAAAUGGAAAUGAAACAUGUGUGACAUGAAACAAUUUCAAUUCCAACAGUAUUGGCUCUGUGUGCCAACGCUAUCGAGAAGAAGGUGUGGGUAGUUAAAAUGGAAGCUCACAUGUGGACAACAAAUACAAGAGAAAUUGCUCUCAAUGCUUGCCCUGUAAUGCAGGAAAUAUUAGGCUAUAUUAAAUCUAAUGAUGGUGAAUUAAUAUAAUUGAAGGUUUACUUUUAAAUACAUUGCAGAGGUGUUUGCCUGUUUGUUUGUUCCUAUCCCAUUUAAAGAAAACGAAGAUAUUUGUAAGCUUAUCUGGAAUAGGAAAUAAUGAGCUUGAUUACUUUCAUUUUGGGCCUUGGUGAAUUUUUUAUCCAUUUCUUACCACAAGGGGGAGCUCCAUGACUGUGUACCAUGCCAAAGUGUAGGCCAUAAAAUGUUACCUGGCCACAAACACACAAAGAAAAGGUAUCCUACAAUUAAACAAUAAGCCCAUUUCACAGUGUCCAGGUGUCUGGCCUAGUUCUGAUGUUAAAGAUGCCUUAAUUGGCAGGGUAAAAUAUCUUCCUGUUUCUGUCUUUCCUGUAGACUGAGCUGUUCCAGAGGAAGUUAGUUUACACAGUGGCGACAUCUUGUGAAAUGGGCUAAUUAGGCUUUCUGAUAACAUAUUUUUAUUAUUACACUAUUUGUGCAGAAAUCUGCAAGAAGAUACAACGACCUCCACAUGUUGCUAGAC